UAUGAGAACAAAUUAAUUGAAGACUUUCUACAAUCGAGAAUGAACAGUGAUACGUACAUUUGGAAGUGUGCCGAAGCAAGCGUAUCUCGCUUAGAUGCUUUUAUACUAUUAACGGGAGGUGAACUCAGUGACGAUGUGAUCGAUGCAUUUGUUAUUCGGCUUUGUAACAAGAUUGAAACAAGUGAUAGUUAUGAUCGAAAGAUACAUGUCACAAGACCUUGGCUUGCACAAGCAUUUCUAGAAGGAAAUCUUGAAAUGGUGGCAAAACGAAUGAAGGAAAAUGUUUCUCAGCAGAAGUUCUUGGAGUGUGAAAGAAUUCUGAUCCCGAUUGUCAGCUCCGGACAUUGGCACCUGGUAGAGUUAGUGAGAGAGGAGACAAAAUUCUAUCACUACUCCUCAAUCAACUCCCCCAUUUAUACCGCCGAUGCUGUGAAAUUUAUAAAUAAGUUUAUGAGUUUCAUUGAGAGUAAUUGGGGAUUGGGGAAAUUGGAGCAUCAUGGUCUUGUGUCAGUUGCCGUGCCACAACAAGGACCAACGUUAGAUUGCGGGAUCUUUAUGAUUGAAUUCAUUAACAGCAUUGUCGAAAAACGGUCGAUAACAAUUUCAAAAGGAGAUUGUGCAAAAUAUAGAGCAAGGUUUUGUGCUGCUCUUUUGUAUGCACGCGAUUCACCUUUUUUGUAAAUAUUAUUUUAAUUUUCUCCAAGGUUUUUGUUGUGUAUUCAAUGUUGUAAGUAUGUUCAUGUUGUUAAUA